GCUUGGGUCAUUCUGCGCAUGCGUGAUUGUAGCCCUAAGAAAAGAAGAACAUCAAGAUCUCAAAUAAUUGCUGAAGUUUGAGAUCUCAAACCAAGCAUACCACAUGGCCAUUCUCAUCUACAAGAAGUUUACUGUUCUUCAAAAUAUGUUAAAGUAAUACAAGCGUCCAUGCACUAGUGGUUUUGUUACACACAAUAGCCAAUUAAAGAAGCCGUCCGUCCAGGACAAUGGAACAGGCAAAUGAAGUGUUGCAGGUUGUCUCGACUGAACCAGGUAGAGGUGGAGAGGAGAGUAAAUGGGAUGGAGAAAAUAGGGAUGAACAAUGUGAGACAACCAUUCAGCAGUGUCCUUUGGAACGUUCUGAGAACAAAGGCAGUGGAGAUCCAGUAAGAAUACACUUCAGUCAAGGAAGCACUGGAGAUCUACCCAAUGAAGAUAUUCCUGGGAAUUUUGUGGUUGAUGUUGAUGUAGUGGGUACAGGAGUGAAAGAAAAGUUGGUGGAUUUGAAAGAUCACACUUCUCUGGAACCUGGAGGAGUCAUUCCUGAUGCUUCAGCAGCUGUCAUUACAGCUGAGGCAGAUGAUUGUAAAACCCAUCCUGAGGGGGAUACUCCACCGAUUUCGACUGCUGAAGAAAAGAUGACUUCUGAAGAGACAGAGACUCCAAAUCCAGGAAAAGUGUCAACUGAACUUGGAGGCUCAGAUAUUAUGUCCCCUAUUGAAGCGGUGGUACCAUUGGAGAAAGUCAAGGGAGAUUCUAUUCCCUUAUCAAGUGAGGAUCAGGAAUCUGAAAUAUCUGUGCAGGAAAGCAUGAAACCUGUGGAAGAGUGCAGAGAAUCAGCAACACAAAAAGAGGACAACGUAAAGAUAGAUUUACAACUCGGUGCGGCACUUGUUACCCAUUCAAUAGUUCAGGAUGUCCAAAUUGCCAAGAAAGUUGAGAAUGAACCCUGCAGAGAAAGCCCAGGAGUUGUCCAGGUAAUUGGUACAAUUGAGACAGAAGGAGAUGGUGUAAUGAAUGAUGGACAGAGAGUAAAAUUACCUGAGACGGUCCCUUCAUCAUCUCAAGAAGCAGGUACAUUUAGUGGAAGCCAUGUUGUCCCUACAUUUGAAGAGUCUGUACCAGUAGUUGAUAUGUUGAUGAAAACUUCAGAUGUUGUCAAAAUCAGUGAUGAUUCAGUGACUAGAGUGAAUCCUUCCUUAUUCAUGGACUCUGUGACAUUAAGAGAAAAACAAUUUGCAGAAGAGAGUGAUAAGGAAAAUGCUGUUUGCAUCCAAGUGGAAAAGGACAUUACUGAAAAUGUAUGUUCCACAGAAAAUAUGUUAGCUGUUGCUAUGCCAUCAGCAGAAGAAGCAGGAAGUGAUAUGACUGAAAAGCCAGUAGAGGAUACCAUAACUUCUACAGUUGAAGAAGUUAAACAACAUGAAGUAGAGCAUAGUCAUACAGACCUCUCACAGAUAUUGGCAGUGGAUACAGGUGUUGUGGUUGACACGGCAAGAAAUGUUCUCGAAAAAGUAUCUUCUGAAUCUGUCACAAGUACUUCCACAGGAAUAGAAUGUAAGUCUAAUGCGAGUGAUGAGACUGCAAUGGAAAUAAGCAUGGAAACUGAUCAAAUGAGUGAAUGUGCUCCAAUGGAUAUCAGUGACAAGUCUGAUGAUGACAUUGGACAAAUGCCAGUGGAAUCUCCGACCUGUGAGAUGAAACCAAACCAGUCAUCAACAGAAUUGACCAAAAGUGCAAUCCACCAGGUACCGAAAUCCAUUUGCCCACUGAUAGAAGAAUCAAUGGAUGUGACUGAGGAGCCAAUGGAUCUAUCGGAGAGUACAGACCAAAUAUCCAGCAGUGAAAUGUCUCCUGAAGAAACAAGGGCCUUAUCUAAAGUUUAUUGCAUAGCCUCACAAGUGUUGGACAAAGAUUCUGAAGUACUUGUAUCCCAUCAUCCCUCAAGUGUAACAUCUUCAAAUAUAGGAAAGGCACAAGAAAGCAACACUAGUAUCGAGAAGGUAAGCACGCCCAUGGAGGAAUCAAGGGAAAACCCUGAAGAAAUUGAACAGAAGGGUGUUGCUAUGGCUGCAGAAAUUCAACAACUUCCUGUGGAAUCAACAGGAGAGGUAACUAGUGACGUUCAGACAAAUUGUGAUGAAAAGAGAAUAACAUUGCAAGUGUCCGACAUGGAAAUUGAUCAUCCUAUUCAAACUGAAGAUGGUCGACCUGGAAGCAAGAAGCCUUCACAAGAACACCAGGCAAGUUCUUCAGUUCUAACAGCAAGUAAAAGUGAUUUUGAAAGCCUGGCAAAUGAGGAACAAUCUUCAGAAGUGCAUGAAGUAGAUCAGUCCAGCAAACAAGGACAAGAACAAAAUGUUGACCCAGUUCGAGCAACCUCUGAUACAGUUGAGCAACAUUCCCAUGAUGGUCAAGAGAAAGACAUGUCAUUACUUGAGUCAAGCAGUGCAGAGGUCAAAACCCCUUCUUGUGAUACAACAUCAGUUGAACUUGUAUCAACUUUGGAAAAUGAACAGCCUUUGCAGAAAGAUUUGAUUGAAGCUUCUCAAAAUCAGGAAUGUCAAUCUUCAAAUACAGACUUAGAAAGAGAUAUUCCUAAAACUGUGGAUGAAAAUGAGCCUGUGGAUCAGACUUCAGUGAACCCUGCAAUCAAGCCAUCUGCAUUUUCAACAGGACAAACAGAACCAUCACAUCCUCAAUAUACAAGUGAUCUGGAAGAUACAGGAACUGUGCUGGAGAGUUCUGCUGACAAUAACAAUUUGCUAGAAGAGGCGAAACCAUCAAGCACAUGCAAUUCAGAAAAUAUGAAUAAUGAAUCAACCAGUAUGGAAUUAGAACAUUUGCAAGAUGGUGGUCAACUUCGUGUUGAGGACGGUCGCAGAUUAGCUGAUGAAUAUGUUGUGGUUGAUAAUGUUGGUUCAAGUUCUAUGAUGGAUGAGAAUGAAAUGGAUGUACAUGCUGACGGGAUGCAAAAGGAAAGGGUAAUUGAUAUAUCAGAUGGUGAGGAGACUGCAGGAUGCAGUCAGAAUACUGAUCAUGUAUCUAGUAAUGGAAGUGCAAAUGCGGAAAACAGUGAAGUGCAAGGAACAGAAUACAAUGUAAUUCAAAAUUCUACAGCAGAUGUCAAUGAGUUGGAUGAGGAACAAAUCAUGCCACAAAGCAUUGUGGACAAAGGGGAAAAGCUAUCUGAAGGAAUUGAGAAGGAAGUUUCCAGGAGUGAGGAGUCUAUAACUCCAGCCCAUGAGGAGAUUACUAGUGGAACGUCCCCAACAUCAGAUGAAAGUCCAAUGGAUGGAGACACUGGGGUUAAAGUCAGCAGUAGCUCCGAAGCUAACACAGUCUUAAAGGGAAUAUGUUCAGAGAAAAACCUUCUAAAUGAAGUAGAGGAGGAGGAAAACUGUGCAGUUGCUGAUACUCCUGUUACAAGUGAAAGUAUUCAAGAGAACAUUACAUCAAAGGGAAGUUGUACAUUGACAGUCAUUGAAGAAGAUUGUAGUGAAAAGUUAUUGGGUAGCAAUAAAGCCAGUACAUCUCAACAAGAAACUGUGAAAGAGAGUAUAACAGAAGAGAGCGACACAUCUCCAUCAAGAAAGAACAUCCCUGCUGAUGAUUCCUGUGAAUCUAGUAAAGAAGUUCUAGUAGAAUCAUCAUCUAAAGAAAUUUCUGAAAGUAGCACCCAGAGAGAAACUGAAAGGCCAGAAAAUACUUUAUUUGAGACUGAAUGUGAUUCGUCUAAGACUACGGAUGAAAGCGAUGAUAGGUUAUCUACUGAACAUCUUCAGGAAACAGUCACAGUUGGCAGACCAAGAGCUCACAGUUCCAAUGUUAUUGUGCAGGAUGAUGAAUAUAUGGACAUGGGUAGGAACAUGGAGGCUACUGGUGCUACAGACAACGACCACAAAUGCAGUGUAGGAAUUGAGUCGGUCAGUAACAUCCCAGAGGAAACUAAGGACAAAGAGCCUUCACACAUAUCUUCUGCUGAAGGAUUUGAUCCUGGUACAGACCUUGAAGAAAUAACUGAGGAAGCAGAAGCAAAGACAAGAGGUGAAUCUGAAUCACAGAGUAGUGACAAUGCCUUGGGCGGAACUGAAUAUGGGAGUUCUGUUGUUUCUUCUGUCAAGGUAGAUGAUUCUAGGAGUGAUACUGCGGUUAAAGAGGAUCCACUUGUUUCUACAAGUGACAUUGGAAUGGAAAUAUCUGGCACUGAUGCUGUUGUAACACCGCAUUCCAAAGUGGGAGACAUAAUUUGUCUUCAGUCAGAAGUUAAUCAAACGUCGACCAACAUGUCCAAGAAAUCGGCCAAUGAAGAAAUAUCUGCUGAACAAUCACUGAGUUUAGGACCCAGCGACAUUGAGGCAGAUACUGAAAAAGUUGUAAAGGGAAAAGAGGAUAUUCAUGACGUAAGUCAGGAAAGAAACACAGAGACUACUGCUGCUGCUGAAUUCGCUUCACAGGCCAUUGAUGAAGUGCCUGACAAGACUAAGGAAGAGUCUAGUGAAGAAAUGCCUAGUGGUGUUGCAAUGAGUUCAGUACCUCAAAACGUUGAUCCAGCUAUUGAAGCAAGUGACAUAGAGACAGAAAAGAUAGAUGAUAUCAAUGAGGAUAGAGCUGUGGAUGUAACCCCCGUGGUUGCUGAUCUUACAUCACAAGCUGUUACUUCUAUCCCUGAUGAGACGAGGGAAAAGUCCAGUGAACAGAUAUCUAAUAUAGAACCUAGAGACGUUUGUCUAGAUGUUGGAGCACCUGAUCUAGACCUUGAGUACAGUGAUGAAGCAAUGGAAGUUGAUGAGGAACACGAAACCAAACCAUCCACUGAAGAAACAAAGGCGGAAGCAUCAGUUUCUGAUUCCAGUGUUCUGGUAGCAGCACAAGCAAGUUCUGAGGUACAGAGACAUACAGAGUGUACAGAAGAGGAAGAGUCAUUAUUGGGAGAAAAGUUAAGAGAUAGUGGAUCAGGUGGUGCACCAGAAGUGGUUGGAAGUGCAUCAGAGAGUAAAGACGUGUCAACCACUAAUGUCAAUGAAGAGCCUAUCAAAGAAUCUCUAGUGGUUGGAAGCCCAGACAACAGUGUCAAUGAGUCAGCAAUUAUGUCAGAUGAACAUGCAGAUCGCAGGGACACCAUGACAGCAGAAAGAGUUUUUGACAAAAAUUCUGAAGCCACAGAGGCAUUUGAUCAAGGUCUAGCAAGGGAAGAUCUAGUGGAGGAAGAUUUACCUAAGGAUUCAGAAAAUGUAGAAAACAUUCAGGUUGAUGAAAAUGAUGUUUCUGUGAAAAGUCAAGAAGGAGUAACUAACAUUAAAGUAACAAUAGAGGAAGCAUCCUUACAUCAACAAAGUAAAGAAUUACAACCUUUCCCUGAAACUGUUGUUCAGCUAGAAGAUUCUCAGCCGAUGACUACUGAAAAUGAAAUGCCCAGUGUUCCUGCUGAACAGCCUGACAAAAGUGUAGAUUCUCAAAGUUCAGUAACAGAUACAGCUUCCAAUGAAACAGAGGAGGAACAGAAAGUGGAUCAAGUGAACACAGAAAAAAAAGAUUCAGAGCAAAAUGAGAGGGAAGACAAUGCUGUCCCCAUUGAAGAUAGAGUCCAGACGGUUUGUAAAGAAAUGGAAGAGGUAUCAAAAAUCAUCUCUGAGAACAGUGACCAUCUGGCUGAAAAGAUCGAUCAGGAGGAUAUUGAAAUACCUGUACUAGAACGUUCUCAGUGUGAAGGAGAUUUUCAAGCUCAAGGGUCAAAUACAGUCGAUAAUGAAAGUGAGACUUCAGCUCAGAUGGACGCACCAGUCUUGACCAUGGCAACCUCGCAAGGAGUUGAGCUUGACGGAAGCACAUUGACAGAUGAUGAUACAAAGCAAUUAGAUGAUGCAAGUUCUUCAAAUGAAAAUGAACCUGGGAAUGCAUCACCAGAAAGAAAGGAUGACAGUCUUCAGGAUGAAGGUGAGACUUCAGCACAGAUGGAGGCACCAGUCUUGACCCUGGCAACCUCGCAAGGAGUUGAGUUUGACAGGAGCAUAUUGACAGAUGAUGAUACAAAACAAUUAGAUAAUGCGAGUUCUUCAAAUGAAAAUGAACCUGGGAAUGCAUCACAAGAAAGAAAGGUUGGUAGUCUUCAGGAUGAAGCUGUUGAUAUACCUCAAGCAACCAAGCAAGCUGAUUCAAAUGAUGCAAAGGGUGAAGAUGCACUUUCAGAUCAAGAGGAUGGUACUCUAAUGAUUGACGAAGACUCUCCAGAAGACAACGACAUCAUCAUAUUUUAUGAUUCAAAGGCAUGUAAGUAUAACAAGGAUGUCACAGUGCACGAAGAAUCAGCACCCGAAGCAGUUAGUUCUGAUGUUAGUGUCAAAGCUGGUCACAGUGCAAUCAUGGAGAGUACAAACGUGCCAACACAGAAGCCAGGGGAUGCAAAAGAAACUGAAAUACCUGUUCAAUCCUCACCUGUUCAAUCCUUACCUGUUCAAGAAAAAGAUCCACAGCAAAACCUUGCACAACUGGCAGUGACUGCUCAGCCAGCAGAUGAAGCAACUGCCAAUAUGAUAUUACAGGAGAUAUUAAAGAUGUCUGAAACUAUUGGAGACGGAGUUGUGACAAUUCCAGUCACUACUCCGGAAGGUGAAAUAUUGAAAGUGCCUCUGACUGUAGAGCAGACUGGAAUCUCAAGCAGUGUAGAUGAGGGGGAGAAAGCCCGGGAUGCAGAAGCUCAGGUAGUCUCUGAUGAUAAGCAAAAAAUGGCUUCAGAGGUAGCUCGUACGCCAGAAGUGAAUGGAGAUGAGGGUCAAACUGAGGAUACCUCAGGUCAUCACUUGCAAAGCCAAGAUAAUUUUGAUGAGGCAGAGGUGAUAGCCCUCGAGUCGGAAGGAAAUGAGACAACACCCACUUCUGAAGCCAGAAAAGCCAAAAAGAGGAUUUUCUCAAAGACAUGCCGUACUGGGAAGUGCUCUUGCAAACACUGCUUGGAAGCAAAGAGAGCAAAGCAAGCUCCAGCUGAAACUACACCUGAUGAAAUCAGCAAAGCUAAGAGAAAGCCAAUGCCUACUAACAAAUUCAAGAAACUUGCAAUAACUUUUGCCCCAACCGUGAAGAAAGUCAAAUGUUCAUCAUGCAUUUUAGUGUUUGAGACUGAUCAGGAUAUGCAAGCUCAUUUUGAAUCUACCCAUGUUAAUCAGCCAAAGUUGUGUUCCAUUUGCCGACAAUCAUUCCAAAACGAAGAACUUAUGAAGCUGCAUGAACUGUCUCAUGAGAAGUCUGGCAUGUUCCUCUGCCUAGUCUGUGACAAGUCAUACAAGAGGAAAGCCGAUAUUGUACGUCACUAUAAAUCCCAUAGGAAUCAAGCUCCAAGUCCCGUUAAGAGGAAAAUGUCUUCUGAAAUUGUGGUUGUAGAUGAUCAGGUGGAUUCUAAGCCCAGUCAACCUGUUAAAGUUCGAAAACUGACUGCCGCAUUCACGGGAGGAGUUGAGAAGGUGAAAUGUACAGAAAAGGAGGCAGAGAUGAAGGCACAUUUGAAUUCCGUCCACUCCAAAGGCCCAUCUCAAGGCCCCUCUAAAGCCCCCACUAAAGCCCCCAUGCUGUGCUCAAUCUGUCAACAAUCAUUCCAGACUGAAGAAGACGUGAAGAAACACGAGUCCAGCCAUGAAAAAAAUGGUCGUUUUGUAUGCCUUGUUUGCGAUAAGACCUACAAGAGGAGAGCAGACAUUGUGAACCACUAUCAUACACAUAAGCCACAGGUCAAAGUUGAAAGCAGCAGCAGCAGCCAGGAGAAACCAAAGUCAUCCACCACGCCUGCAGGUGGUCCUUCCAAAAAUAAGCAGCAGACACCGGAUAAACCCAAGACGGAACUCUUCUCCUGCAAGUUGUGUGGAAAAGACUUUGUCCAUGAGGAGCUACUUGAAGAGCAUAAGAAAAUUCAUACAGGAGCCUUCCCAUUCCCUUGCUCCAUGUGUGAAAAGGCAUUCAAGCAAGCCAACCAGCUCAAGAAGCACGAGCGUGUUCACACCGGUGACAAACCCUACAUGUGUCAGUAUUGCAAUAAGCGUUUCUACAGCAGCAGCAACAAGAGGCGGCAUGAACGCACCCAUACCGGCUACAAGCCCUACGUCUGCAGGAUCUGUGAUAAGCCGCUCAGUGAGAAGUGGAUCUUGAAGAAACAUGAGAAGAUGCAUCUCAGUAUCGGUGGAAUCUCGUUUGAUGACUGACGAGGCGAGCCUUCAAAGCUGAUCUUGAGGUCUGGGGAGUGUUUCACAAAGACUAAGAUUGACUUUAAGUUGGACUUAACUAUGGCAGGCCGUUCAUGUCGCUAGUUCCUCUAACCAUUCCUGACAUUGGAUUUUUAAUGGACAUAAAAAUCCUAGUCACGAAUGUACAUAGUUCAUUGAUUGAAGGGAAAAAUGAUAUCUAAAGAUCAUAGUUGAGAGACCUAUGGUGAGAGCCUGCCAUAGUUAAGUCCAACUUAAAGUCAAUCUUAGUCUUUGUGAAACACUCCCCUGGUAAUGGAGUUCUAUUCCAAAGGUAACUGGCUUUAUAAAGCAGUUCUGAAUCCUGUAUCAUGCAGCAGAUCAGAAUAUCAAAAUAUGAAAGAAUUUAUGAAAACCGGCUGAAAUGUUAUAUUCAGUCAAAACACUAUACCAAUGACUUUUAAUAACUAGCAUGAUCUUGUUAUCUUUCAUGCUAAUUCUUCAGCUAUUAUCUUCUCUCCUCCAACUCAUUUAUCACAUAUAUUGAAUUGUGUAAGAUGAAAACAAAUCAGUGGUGGCUUUGUUUGAUUCUGUAAGAAAUUAUUUUCCAUCAUUACCAGAGCUUUAAGUUAUCUUUAAAGGGAGUGAAGCUUAGCAAAUACUGGUUAACGCCAUCUACGUCUUAUUUUGGACAACUGCACGAAAACGAAUGGACUUGAUUAAUGGUAGUCAGCGACUUAAUCUCUACAUUGUCAGCAUUCGCGCAUCAGACCGUAUAGGUAUGUUGCACGCACAUGAUUGCCGUGGUCGCAUUGUCUGUAUUGGUAUUAUACCUGAUUGGCCUCGAGUCAGGCCACGGGAAAGACACAUAGUCUCGUCAGGCUACACUCCCUUUAAAGUCUAUUAUGUAUGAACUUUCGCAGCUUCCAAGGCAAAUUUAUUGUCAAGGAAAGUUCUUUGCACCAUAUGAGCGGGAUGGAGAUCAUUGGAUUUGAAUGUAUACUAAAAAGGAAUAUCAUUUACUUUUAUUGUUUACGUACAGGUAGUACAGUUUAUAUUGUGAGCAGAAUGACUCGCUCUCUCAAUAUUGCUGAACUGAAUUAUUUAUACCCUUGGUAAGUUUGGGGUUUUGGAGUUGUUUUUUCUCUCCAUAACUCAAGAAUGAAUGUUGGAAUGGUUGAACUAGGGCCUUUGUUGAAUACCUUUAGAUGUAAGCUUUAAUAUGUCACAUUCUUAACAAAAAAAUAUAUUGUGACAAAUCAAUUUUUCACAAACAUCAAAAAUUACAACCUUGAUACGGGUAUGAAUAAUUUAGUUGUUAAUUUAUAUGAUACACGCAUUGGGUCCUCUAUUGCAUCUGUCCAUAUUUAUUAUUUGAAAUGUUUACCCAUAAUAAGGUAAAAUUUUGUGACAACUACAUGUAAUAAGGUUAAUCAUAAAAGAAUUUUGUUACACAUAAUGCCACAUAAGCUGAUUAAGUUAAUAUAGUUAUAUGCUCACUUUAUCAUGAUAUAUUGCGAUCAAUACCAGAUUAAAUGUAGGUAGUUAUCAUGUCCAGGUCUUUAAAUGCUCAUACAGUGAAAUAUAUACGUGAAACAGUAAAUUAUGAUCUUUACCUUAUUGCACUCAAGAGUAGCUGAAGAAUGUAUUAUUUGCUUAAAGCUAAAGACCAGUUAUGGUCAUGCAAUUGCAUAGUGAAAGAAACGUUGUGAAAUCGAUCAAAAAAGGUUGA